GUAAUUGUCGGUAGCGGACGUGUUGAUUGCCGCGUUGGAUCGCAACGUUACUACGAUCGCGAGUUCACUCUAAACAAGUAAACCUUAUCGAAACUUGAAGUAAGAUUACAAGAAGCAUUAGUAACAUGAGACAACAAUAGGUAUUCGUGUGAACUGACGCGCUUGCUAGUGGAUUCGGAUUAUUUAAACGGAUGCGUAUUAUAAAGCGGUACUGAAUUUAGUUGGCUAAUGUAAACAGAUAAACAUUGUUGACGAUUUCCGGAAUCGUUUGUUGAUGUAUUGCAUACAAUAGAUGUAUGCACAAUGCAUUAAUGUCGGUCCGUAGUGGUAUUGAAGAGUGGUGUUAAAUGUGAGCAAGUCGCUAUGGUUGCCCAGGGGCAAUGGAUCACAUGGACUAUAUGGACUAUCCUGGGGUCAGUUUUGGCCGACUCGUGGACCGUUUAUCAGGAGCAACCUUGCUGUAGACCUGUUACACAUCACCGGAUUCGUCAUCAUAGAGAUCACAUAAGAGAAUUUUCCUGUGGUAAUAUAUUUUAUCGAACAUUAUACCUCAAUGAAGAGAGAAAUACACUCUACGUUGGUGCUAUGGAUCGAAUUUUAAAGCUUAACAUGACAGAUAUAAGCACAUCACAUUGUGAGCGGGAUGCGCUACUUUUAGAAGCGAGUAACGUAGCUCGUUGUGUAAGUAAAGGCAAAUCAGAGCCUUUUGAAUGCAGAAACCACAUUAGAGUAUUGCAGCCGCUUGGAGACGGAGAACGUCUCUACGUGUGUGGAACUAACGCACACAGUCCGAAAGAUUGGGUUGUCUACUUAAAUUUAACACAUCUGCCCCGGCAUGAGUACGUGCCAGGGAUCGGACUUGGGGUGGCCAAAUGCCCGUAUGACCCCGCGGACAAUAGCACUGCGGUGUGGGUCACGCGUGGCAAUCCUGGAGGUCUGCCCGCGCUUUAUGCAGGCACCAACGCCGAGUUCACUAAAGCGGACCCGGUCAUUUUCAGAAAUGACCUCUUCGAUUACCGAACCGGACAAAAGAGGUUCAAUUUUAAGAGGACUUUGAAGUAUGAUUCCAAAUGGCUUGACAAAACCAAUUUUGUGGGAUCGUUCGAUGUUGGAGAGUACGUAUUGUUCUUUUUCCGGGAGACUGCCGUCGAGUUCAUGAACUGUGGGAAGGCUGUGUAUUCUCGAGUCGCUAGAGUAUGCAAACACGACACCGGCGGCAAACAUAUACUUAGCCAGAAUUGGGCCACUUAUCUGAAAGCCAGACUCAACUGUAGCAUUCCUGGAGAGUUUCCAUUCUACUUUGAUGAAAUACAAAGCGUGUAUCAAAUCCCUGGCGAUACGAGUCGGUUCUACGCGGCGUUCACGACGGGAGCCAGCGACGGUCUCGUGGGCUCCGCGAUCUGUACUUACAACAUGGAAGACAUCCAGGAAGCAUUUGCUGGACGAUUUAAAGAACAAGCAACUUCAAGCUCCGCGUGGUUACCGGUGCUUCGAGCUCGUGUCCCUGAACCCAGGCCCGGCACUUGUGUCAAUAACACUGAGGCACUUCCUGAUAACGUGCUUAACUUUAUCAGGUCACAUCCGUUGAUGGACUCCGCUGUUCGACACGAGGGUGACGCGCCCGCCUUCUACAAACGUGACCUGGUGCUGACCACGCUCGUCGUCGACGUCCAGACAAUUGACAUGCUGGCUGAUGACGUCACCUACACUGUCUUCUACGCGGGCACGAGCAUUGGUGAGGUAUACAAGAUAGUGCAGUGGGCUGGUGGUGGAUCCCGUGUAGUGGACAUAUGGCACGCAGCGGCUGAUGAGCCAGUGCGGGCGCUAGCGCUGUCGGGACUCACACAUGCGCUCUAUCUUGCAACCGACUACCGACUGAGACAACUCCCAUUAAAAGCUUGCGCGCAUCGGUACGACAGUUGUGUGCGAUGCGUACUGGAUCCCUACUGUGGUUGGGAUAAGGAGGUUGGUGCAUGCCGUCCCUAUACACCUGGUCUGCUCCACGACGCUACGAACUCCACUCCGUCCAUCUGUGAAGCCAGUGCUCCUCUCAAGACAGUCAGAGCUGGAUAUGGUCAGAGCGUUCACAUGGCAGCUUUUGGGAAAACACCAGAAGCCCUAAAAGAUUUAACUGUUAUGUGGUAUCAUCACUCCAGGGAGAGAGGGAGAUACAAGAUUAAUUUCAACUCGGAGCGGGUUCUGUUGACUUCUGAACGCGGUUUGGUGUUGCUGUCAGUUACUGAGUCUGACCGUGGCCGAUACGAGUGUUAUUUCGGACCUACACUGGUUGCUUCAUACAACUUAGACAUAGAUAUCCACAGAUGUACGCAGCCGAAUAAAUCACAGGAGUACAGACAAGUCUAUUCAGAUUGGUGCCACGAAUUUGAAAAAUAUAAAAGCGCGAUGAAAGCUUGGGAGUCGAGGCAAAUGCAGUGCUCGAAAAACUUGAACUCCAGUCAGCAGAACAGCUUAAGCAACGAGUUAGUAGCUUCGCUGCGGUGAUAAGAUAUACUGAGAUAUUGUAUUUAUAAUUUUCUUUAAAGAUACAACUACUGUAUAAAAAUUUAUAUAUUUUACGGUCUGCAGAUGAAAACUACUUCUAGAUAGCUAAUAAAUUUUGUAUAUACUUACUCAUACUUACAAACUGGAGAAUUACCUAAACUUUUUAUUUAAUUAGAAAUUGUCGUUGCGAAAAAUUAAAUCUUAUGUAUAUAGCUAGAUAUGCUGCAAAUCAGCAGUAUCAUUGCUAUGCAGACGACAGCACAGGGUAUGCUUCCUACACCGGCCGUGCCAACAUGUCCCGGGAUAGCGUCGACGAGAACCGGAACAAACUUGUGUCGAAAUCGAGACUAUGCUUUGCAAAGUCUCGGAAUGGGGCCGACAAAAUUUAGUCCAAUUCAACCCCAAUAAGACACAAGUUUGUGCGUUCACUGCUAAAAAGUCUCCUUUCGUCGUAUCCCCUCGAUUCGAGAUCACUCCUCUAACUGCCACAGCCUGUAUUGGCAUACUUGGCGUCGAUAUAUUGAGCGACGUUCCGUGGUCACUUGGAAGAGCAUGCCAAACUGGCAUCUUAAAAGCUUAGUGUACUCAGUAAGGCGAGACAGUACUUCACUAAAAGCUACCUCCUGCAACUCCUGUUCUCAUCUCUGGGCGGGUGCUCCCCGGUACUGGAGGAACACCCCCUCUUAUAUAAAAAAAAUGUCUUUAUACAAAUCAUAAUCCUACAUAAAUUACACAUUGUCAGUAUUAGUUCAUAACCAACCUAAAAGUUAUAGUUAUUAAUCAUCAACAAUGAAAAGAAUACAUUGAUUGAUGAUAAAUUUCCUACAGAAAUACGAUUCACGUGAUCCCAAUAUGUUAAUUGACGGAAAUAAAUAUAUUUUAGAUGGAAAUGACUCGAAGAUUUUAUUAGCUUAUGGUUGCAAAAUAACCAGGGGUGGAUAUUCGAGGAGGGAAUGAUCUGCUAAAAUAGAUUUGUCCGUCGUUCCGCAGUCUGGGCUGCUUGAUAGAUGGCAGAUAUUUGUUUGACUUCGUUCGCAACUAUUUGAGCGGAAUUGAGCUACGUAAAUUAUUAUUAAUACAAUACAUUAUUCGAGGUUCUAUCUUAUGGUAUUCCAUGUUAUUUUAUUUGGUAUGCGUACCCUGGGGGUAUGUUAAAGUUGACGAAGAGAAACAAUUUUAAGGCGAUUUACAUUUUAAUUAAUUAAUGAAGGUUUUACUAAGUAAGGUACGUAUUCCAGUAGACGUCUUACAGCGGUUUUCAAUAACCUUCUAUAUCUAUCCCUAGUUUUUACUUACUAGAGGUAAGACAAAUCUAUCAUUUUACGCGUUUUUACAUAAAGCAUUGGACUAUAACUAUAUUGGACAUAACUAAGGAUAGAUAAUAUCAUGUCAUUAAACGGUGACAGCAAUGUAUCCGUAAUUUGUGAUCAAGCGUUCUUUGUCUCGCACCUUUAGAAAGAUGGAAUACCUGCCUUACUUUCUUUAAUAAAAUAAGAAAAUACCCCCUUGAUUCGUAUAGAAUAUAUAUAUUUCGUAUUACGUUUACUCUUGCUGAAACAGCGUGGUGUUACAAUGGCGACAUUAAAUAAACACACGGGUAGAAAUUCAAAUAUUAAAGUACAUAAUUCACCUAAAUGAAUCAAUUUUUCAUAAUAUAAUUCGGAACAUCCUGUAAGAUAUCUGGUAGCCGCGCGCUAGCGUAGUACUGCACUCACACCUACUUCGAGCUGUCUUAUGCAACCAUGUUAAGGUGCUUAAAAUUUUGUUUCCUAAAUAUAUAAUUUGUUUGUUUGAAAAUUUCAAUUAUUUACUUUAAAUUUUAGAAUUAUUUUUUACGAUAAAGGUCUCUGCCCACACCAUAAAGGUCGAAUUAAGCGUGGUGCUAUGAUGGCAACAUUAAAUGAACACACGGGUUGAGCUAUCUAACCUUAAAGGUAUCUGCCCACUACACCGAAUAUAUAAUUUGUUUCUUUGAAAAUCUUAAUUAUUUACUUUAAAUUUUAGAAUAUUUUUUUUACGAUAAAGGUUUCUGCCCACUACACCGUAUCAUACCAUGACUGUGCUAGGAGCGUAUCAGGCAAAUAAAUAUUAUUUGUAUUGAAAAGUAUGACACUGGACCGUUCCGUCACCGACCAACAGCAGCGCGUGCCAAUCCGUUCAGUGGGCAUAGUAGAGCGUAUCGUCACAGUAUGUCUACUGUUGUAUCGUGAUACUUUUCGUGCCUAAUACGCUCCUAGCACGGUCAUGGUAUGAUACGGUGCAGUGGGCAGAAACCUUUAUCGUAAAAAAAUAUUCUAAAAUUUAAAGUAAAUAAUUAAGAUUUUCAAAGAAACAAAUUAUAUAUUCGGUGUAGUGGGCAGAUACCUUUAAGGUUAGAUAGCUCAACCCGUGUGUUUAUUUAAUGUUGCCAUCAUAGCACCACGCUUAAUUCGACCUUUAUCUAAUAUACAAAGAUUAUAUUGUACUAAUUAAAAUUGAUGUAUCGUCUUAUAAUAAAAAUAUGCUGUAUUAAAGUUAUAGCUAUAAUUUAAAUUUUUUCCGCAUGUCGUAUUUUCAUUGUAAUAAUAGUUUUUGUUUUCUAUUAAUGUAAAUAAUAAGUAAAAUGAUUAUGGCGAUUGCCUGCUUAAUUAUAACUGUGAUAUCAGUUUGAGAUAUAAUAUUAAUUGUGAAACAUUAAUCCUACUAAACAUUAUAUUAAAAAUGGAUGUCCGAUUGUUUGACUAAAUGUAUUGGAAGAACUAAAAUGAAAGUGUUCUUAUAAUAAAUCAUACUUACAGACAAUAACAUAAAUAAAACUACAAGAGUUUCAUUUCUUUGAUAAUGUUUUAUUUAAAAAAAAAAAAUGCAUUAUAGCUUAGAUUUAUUUAACCAAAUAGAAACGCUGUCACUUUUUAAGUGAAAUGAGAAAAAACAAUAAUCUUAAACAGUUAGUAAUGCACAAUGUAAGUACUCGUAAAUAAUGUUUAUAUUUAUGAUUACCAGUGGGAGGCUCCUUUGCACAGGACACCGGCUAGAUUGUGAGUACCACAACGGCGCCUUUUUCUGCCGUGAAGCAUUAAUGUGUAAACAUUGUUGUGUUUCGGUCUGAAGGGCGCCGUAGUUAGUGAAAUUACUGGGCAAAUGAGACUUAACAUCUUGUCUCAAAGUGACGAACGCAAAUGCAGAGCCGCUCAGAGUUUUUCAAGAAUCCAGAGCGACACUGCAUUGUAAUAGGCAAAAAAAUGUAUUAUUAAAGAGAACUCCCGUCAUUGACGUCUCAUAUUGGUUAAAUAUUCUAAGACUGUAACAGAUUGGUCUUACAGAUCCUUCUCAUGCUAUUAUUUGACAAGAGCGUCGAAUAAAAGUAAUAGAAAGACCAAUUAAGUGGGAUUCCUUUAAUUAAUAUUAUAAGUGGGUACUUAAUUACCUACUUAGGAAUCACAGUCACGAGUUGCGUCCAACGUUGAUUAAGCAAAGAGCAAUAUAAAGUGCCACAAUUAGAGCUCUUUCUAGUUCAAAGUAAUAUUGACCGAUAUAUAUCAGUGCCAAGUGGAUGUUCUCCGUGCAGAUAGCAAGCGACAUAUUGAAAUAUUAUUAUCUAGCAAUUACUUUGCUUCUCUUUGAAGUUAUAUAUUAUUUUGGCACGUAGCACCAGUGGGAGACUCCUUUGCAUAGGAUGCCAGCUAGAUUAUGGGUACCACAACGGAGCCCAUUUCAUUGUGAAGCAGUAAUGUGUAAGCAUUAUUGUAUUUUGGUGUGAAGGGCGCCGUAGCUAGUGAAAUUACUGGGCAAAUGCGACUUAACAUCUUAUGACUAAAGGUGACGAGCGCAAUUCUAGUGCCGCUCAGAAUUUUUGGGUGUUUUCAAGAAUCCUGAGCGUAUCAAUUACCAUCGACUGAACGUCCUGCUGGUCUCAUCCCUCAUUUUCAAAAAAAAAGUUAGGAAAAAAUGAUUAGAUUUAAUUUUUACGAUGCGCGCGCACACCAUCACGCAAAUUAGACACCCUGACGUUAGCUGGUCAACUAGACCAUUUGUAUCAUACUUCAGCUACCAAGCCUCUUGUAACCUAAGUUGAUAAUUGAACCAAAUACCAAAUUCCGCGCGUACUUAAGUAUGUUUCCAUACGUAAAACGCAAAGUUUGACUGUGAAAAACUAAAAAUAAUAAAUUAUAUUCGUAGAGCUAGAGAUUUACCCCCUUGUUCAUAAUAGUAUGCUAACUUAAAGCAUUGCUAGUUCUCACUCUGUCUUCUUCUAUUGACCUAAGUCAGAAUGAGAAAAAACACUCCUAAGUGGCUGUUUAAAGUUAGCGGACCAUUAUGAAUAAGGGGGUUAAACUAUACCAAGAUCACUAAAUAACAACAAGACCCAAUAUUAACUUAUAUUUUUAUUCAAUCACCUUCAGUUACUUGUGUGAUUGCAAUGUGAAAUGAAAGAGCUUUAAUUGUGUCAUAAAAGAAAUUUAGAUUUAAGAUACUUCUAUAUAGAUUGUUUUACUUAAGCUGGUGCUUGAGUUGUAACGGCAUUUAUAGAAAUUAAGAGACAUAUAAAAUGUAUUGUUAAAUGUAUGUUUUAUGCACAAUGUUCAUUUAAUAAGGCGGUAGAUGGGUUUUUUAUGUUAACUGCCGUAAAUGUAAUUAAACCAUUUUCGGAGAUUUAAACCGAAUUUAGUAGCUAUAUUGUUUUCCGUUAAGUUUUGCUGGUAAUUCGCUAGAAUAGUGCCUUGUGAAGUAUGCUUGUACAAGAUAUUAAUCCAUUAUAAAGUUUAACCUAAAUUGUAGGAAUUGGCUUAGUUAGUAGUAUAGUCAAUAAAAAAUGACGCAAUAAUUGUGUAUGAAUUAUAAGUCAGUAUUAAGCAAUUGUAUUGUGUCUUACUAAAAUUGGUUUAAUAGUGUUUAAUUUAUGUAUACCGCAUAUUAUUUUAAGUUUUCAAAUUAAAAGUACAAACUUUUAAUUUGUUUCGUUAUAAAUGUUAGGUAUUAUUUAAAAAAAAAGUUUGUUCCAGUUAAAUGUUAUUGUAAUAAUAUGACAAAAAAACUAUGUAAAGUACACAUACUAGAUAUGUUUCACAACCGCACAUUAAAAUUGUUUAAAUUAUAGUGAUAUACCAAUAAUAUUAUAAAAAAUACGCAAUUUAAUGUAAAAUAUUGAUAAUAUAUUAUAAGCUAUUGUUUUAUAAAAGAGCGCAAAAAUGAAUAAAUUAUUUUAGAUUUA